AUGUUUUCAUCAUUUACUCAUGGUUUCGUUUUGGGGAUUGGAGCAGCACUUAUUCUUAUACUUGUUAUUUUGAAUGGAUCUUCCCAUCCCUUAUUUUUCGUGUCUCGUUUUCAAAAUAUCAACCGGUAUCAAUCCUCAAGUAACGGGUCUCUGGUUAAGAUUUCAUAUGACAAUAAUCCAUUUUUUGUAUUUCCUGACGAAUGUCCUAUUGUUCGUGCCUAUCUCGACGUUGUUCGUGAUACUGUCUGCGGUUUAACUCUUCUUACGCGUGAACAUACUUCUGGUUUUAAUAAUUCAAUACAUCCAAUUAAAGUUGAUACACGAAUAAAAGGUGUAGAUUUUCCUGUAUUUGGUAUCACUAUGAUUGGACAGCAACGUUUGACAAAUAUCGAAUGGGCAUUAAGAUUUGUAAUUGCGAACAAAAUUCCGGGUGAUUUCAUUGAAUGUGGUGUUUGGAGAGGUGGAGGUGCAAUAUUUGCUCGCGCUGUUCUUAAAGCAUUGAAUAAUAAUGAUAAACAUGUAUGGGUAGCUGAUUCAUUUCAAGGAUUACCGAAAGCGAGAACGAAGAAUGAUCAUGAUCGUUGGGUGACGAUGGAAUUUUUGAAGGUUUCGCUUGAAGAAGUGCAAGAAAAUUUUCGUUCAUUUAAUUUACUAGAUGAUCAUGUUCAUUUUUGUAAAGGAUAUUUUGUUGACUCACUUCCACGCUGUAAUAUAUCUCAAAUAGCUGUUCUUCGAAUGGAUGGUGACAUGUAUGAAUCAACUAUGGAUCAAUUAUUUAAUUUAUAUUCAAAAUUACAAAUAGGUGGCGUUAUUAUAGUAGAUGACUAUGGAAUUCCAGAAUGUGCUCAAGCUAUACAUGAUUUUCGUAGCUGGCAUCAUAUAACAGACGCUAUUCAACUCAUCCCACAUAGCGAAACAGGUCGUUACUGGAUAAAAAGGCAAAAGAUUAAAGUACAACGUGAUCGAUAUAUACCACUUCUAUCUCCAACGAAAAAACCUGCGGAAUGA